GGAAGUACGGAAUUAUGUUGAGUACAUUUGAUAAUUCGGCUCCAUGGAAAGUCGAAAAACCUUUAAACUGUUGCCAUGCUUCGGUGAUUGUAAGUUGUAAUUGCUCUGUGUAAAUGGAUCAUUUGGUAAAAAAAAAAAAUAAAAUAAGUUGUUUGGAUGAACUAUUUUAAUGUUAAUUUGUUUUAUGGAAUGAGUGUUACCCUUGGCCCUAAAUCUCCAAGACGAUACAGAAAAAGUGUCAGUGGGAUGUCUUUGUGGCUUGACGGCUUUAAGAGAAGUAAUGUUGUUUCUGCAUCUGGUAUACUUGAGUUUGCUUACAGGGAUUUGCAGAAGGCGACUCAGAAUUUCACAACAUUGGUUGGCCAGGGUGCAUAUGGUCCUGUGUACAAAGCUCAGAUGUCAUCUGGUGAAAUAGUUGCUGUGAAGGUGCUGGCAAUUGAUGUCAAAGCAAGGGGAGCGAGAAUUUGA